AUGACACACAACUUCGAAAAGUCGGUCAAGGGGGCCACCAAGAUCAAGCUCGCGCCUCCGAAAUCAAAGUACAUCGAACACAUCCUAGUAGCAACACGUAGCGGAGAGGCCGGCGUCGUUCAAGCGCAAGGACAUAAUAUCCGGCGAUAUUCGGAUUACCUUAUCACUCGCGCCAAAGCAUUUGCCGAUACCAAGAUCGACCAUGUACGAAGCGGGCAAGGCCGAUUAAAGAAGUUGACCGUCAACAAGGGUUUGUUGAGAGAAACAGAAGUCGUGCAGAGGCAGAUCAAGGCAUUGCUCAAGUGUGACCUUCUAACGGACGAAGUCGAGAAUGAGAUCACGUUAACGGCAUUCCGGCUUCUGACCAUGGACUUGUUAGCUCUCUACUCCGUUAUGAACGAAGGGACGAUCAAUGUGCUAGAACAUUAUUUUGAAAUGUCCCGCCCUGAUAGCGAGCGUGCCUUACAGAUAUAUAAGACUUUCAGCGCCCAGACAGAGGAAGUGGUUAAAUUCCUUGGUGUCGCUCGACACUUUGAAUAUGCUACGCGACUUGAAAUUCCAAAUCUCAAACAUGCUUCAACGGAUCUCACGCAAUUACUCGAGGACGAUUUGAAAGAUCCAGAUUUCGACCAGAGGCGCAGAGAGUAUCAAUUGCAAAGAGGCGUAAAGACAGCAGGUCGAGCUGGUCCCGGCUCCGCUGGCGGCAGGUCGCCCGUGUUGAGCAAAAGAGAACCCAUUUCCAGUUCUUCUAACAGGCCUCAAACAGCACCAGCGCCUAAGACGGAGACCAAAGCUCCAGCACCAGAUCUUAUCGACUUUUUUGACAGCAUUGAGCCUAAACAGCAACAGACCAUGAUCCCGCAGAUACCUCAGCAACAAGCGCAGCCAAAUUUCCAACAAGCCGGAUUUGGGCAGCAAAUGUUCCAGGCGCAACCAACUGGCUUUCCAAAUCAACAGGGAAUCUUUGCGCAGCCGGUGCAACCGGCGCAACCAGCUCAACCGGGUUUUAUUCAGCAGCCGACUGGGUUUGCAGGGGGUUUCAAUCAACCCAACACGAAUCCGUUCAAUCAGAUGCAAGCGCAGCCUACACCACAGCAACUACAACCUCAAGCCACAGGAGCCGGAUUUGGUGGAUACGGACCUCAAUCUUAUGGCUUUCAGAAUACGUUGUCAGCUAUCCCGCAGGAAGGAGUUGCGAUAUUCCCUCAACAACAGCCGGUGGCGAAUGGAAUCCAGCCACAGACUACGAAUCCCUUCCGAGCAUCCAUGUUGGUCACAAAUCAAACUGGUACGGCCGGUGGCUUUAAUCAGCCAGUACAAGUCACUCAACCAUUGACUCGCCAAAACACCAAUCCCUUCGCUAAAAGAUUAUCCACUCUUCCACUAUCAAAUCCCCCUCCAAUGCCCUCAUUCCAACCAACCCAACCUCCCGUACAGUCACUACAACCACAACGCACAGGAACCAAUCCAUUCGCAAAACAAUCGCCAUCUCCUCAACCCAACCCGCAGCAGCAAACCCUUCAACCUCUUCAACCCAACCCGACGGGCAGCACUAAUCCCUUCCGUCAAAGCGCUUUCAUCAACCAGCAGACAGGUCAGGGAUGGCACGUCGGUGGACAACAGGGUACAAUGGGUGGUCUUGAGCAGAUGGGAACAGUGCCAAAGUUUCCUCGACCGGGAAUGGCAUAA